UUUGAGUACAGGAUGUUAGCCACGUCCCUUGCAACCCAGGAUGCUCCUAUGGUAGUCAGCACUAUAAAUGUGGACGAGUUGUUAAAGUCUACGGGGAGAUCCAUCCAGGUUGACAAAGAAGUCCCGUUGACACUGGAUGUAGGAAAUCUCACUGCGUUCGACAUGGCUCCUGUUGAGAUGGCAACGUUAGGGCAAGGAAAAGCUAGAGAUGCUUACCUUCUGAAGCUAACAAGAGAAAACACCCAACUUCUCUUCAACUCCCUCUUCUCCCUACCCACCUCCACAGUAGAGAAAGUGAAAUGUGUCCAGUUACCUGCUCCCACUACGAAACUACCCCGAGAGAAGCCCAUCCCUAAACCUAAACUACCAACUAAAUGGGAGGCCUUCGCUAAGAGCAAGGGUAUUCUCAAGAAAAAGAGAGGCAGGAUGCUAUACGAUGAGGUUGCUGAGGAGUGGAAACCGAGGUUUGGUUACAACAAGGCGGGAGGUGACAAGGAACAAAACUGGGUGGUCGAGGUACCCGGAAAUGGAGACCCUUACAAAGACUGGCUGGGUGACAAAGAGGAUAAAACAAAGGAGAAGGUCGCUAAAAACGAGUUCCAACGCCUUCAAAACAUCUCCAAACAAAUUAAAGUACAAUCAGAAUCAAUCAACCAAACUGUUAAACAAGCUAAUAUAUCAACCGCAUCCCUCGGCAAAUUCCAAGAAAAAUCAAAAGACGAAAAAAAAGCAAAAGCGAAAGGAAAACACAAGAAAUUCGACCCAGUCUCGGGUAACACCGCCUCCGAAAAAGAGAAAUCCCUAGCUCUCAUCAACAAGAUAGCCAGUGGUGGUGUUUCUGUGAACAAAGAAAAAGCAGCCAACAAGGAACUGGGAGCGACGAUAAAGAGAAGUAGAGAAGCAGAGAGGGAGAACAGAACGAACAAAAGGAGGAGCAAGAUGGGGGUUAAAGCUCAGACCAACCACUUUGAUAUGAAGAAGAGGGAGGUUUCAGGUCCGGGAAAAGAGAGGAAGAAGCGACAUCAAAUCUAGUAUUUAAAUGGAACCACCCCAUGUUUGGUCUUAUUUUAGCUGAUGUUGAUGGAGCUGGAGGCGAUGGGACUCUGUUUAGGUUUUAUUACGAUGGGAUCAUGCACCAGUGAGAUGACGCCUGUUAUAAAUACUGUGAUUAUGACGGGUUUUCAGUGCACUGUAAUUUAUUAACUUUUUUUUCCGAUUUAAUCAUGAAAACCAACCGCGACAUGUUGAAUAUAACAAUUUUACUUUAUUCAAA